CUCGUCUGAGAUAAACGCCUGGCAAAAGAAGUGGGAGAGAGAAAGAGCUCUGGACGACUGAAACCCUACCCGGAGCCCCGCCCCCGCCGCCGUCGCCUCUCCCUCUCGCUGUUUAGAGCCGUCGCGCCGCCAGCAGAAGAGGGGGUGAAGAAGGCCAGCGUCACCAUGGCGGACGAGGAGCAGAUGGAGCGGAAGGAGGAGGCCACCGAGAUUGCACCUUUUGAUCCAACCAAGAAGAAGAAGAAGAAGAAGGUCGUCAUCCAAGAUCCAGCUGAUGAGGUUGAUAAGCUGGCAGAGAAGACAGAGGGCUUGUCAGUCACUGAAUCUGGCGAGCCAAGCUUCGCGGGAUUGAAAAAGAAAAAGAAGAAAGUUGUGGAACUUGAUCCAUCGCUUGUUGAGGCUGGAGAUGGUGAAGACACUCUUGAUGAUCAAGUCGGAGAGGAUGAACAAGGAGAAGGGAUUGUGCUGGGUGGAGCAACCCAAUACCCAUGGGAAGGAACUGAUAGAGAUUACAAAUACGAUGAGCUGCUUGGCAGAGUCUUCAAUAUCCUGCGUGAGAAUAAUCCAGAUCUUGCUGGUGAUAGACGAAGAACAGUUAUGCGGCCUCCUCAAGUUCUUAGGGAAGGCACAAAGAAGACAGUUUUUGUGAACUUCAUGGACUUGUGCAAAACAAUGCAUAGGCAACCUGAACAUGUGAUGAUGUUUUUACUUGCUGAGAUGGGAACAAGUGGAUCCCUUGAUGGGCAACAAAGGUUAGUUAUCAAAGGAAGAUUUGCCCCGAAGAACUUUGAAGCUAUACUCAGGAGAUACAUCAAUGAAUAUGUCAUAUGUAAUGGAUGUAAGAGCCCAGAUACCAUCCUUUCCAAGGAGAAUCGGUUGUUCUUCCUUCGUUGUGAACAAUGUGGUUCGUCAAGGUCAGUUGCUCCUAUCAAGGCUGGAUUUGUGGCGCAAGUUGGGCGUCGGAAGGCUGGAACUUAAGCUGCUCUGUCAACGUAAUCCAACAAUUUGCCGAUUUACAAACAAUCUUUAUUGUCCAGCUUAUACUGUGCCUAGACCGCCUUGUGGUUUUUGUUAUUUCGUGUACUAUGAAUAUGAAUGCUGCUGCUGCUGCUGUGAAUUUCUAUUUAUCUCAGAGGAUCUAAGUUUGCUGCCUA